AUGGAACUCCGGGAGCUGAUGGAGGUUUUCUCCGCCGGGGUAAUGAAACGGCAUGGAGACCACCAUCACGGAUCAGAAGAGGAGACCGAGGCCCAGAAGGAACAGCACCGGGACUCGAGACGGAACCACCUCCUGGCAGAGGUAGUCUGGUACACCGUCAUCCUCCUCGUGGUCAUCGGCCUCAUCCUCCGCCUCGUCAAAUACUGCGUCGCCCGCAUCAGGCUCCAGCGCCGCGACGCAUCAUCCAGCUCGGCAGCCCAGGACUCCCUCCUCGAGAGGGUCCUGGACCGCCUCUCUGCCUCGCACUGGAGACGACAGCUCCCGUCCUGGAUCCCCGCCUCCCUCCCCGUCGGCAAGAUCCUCGCCGUCCUCGCCUAUGCCGGCCUCGUCACCACCCUCCUCACCUGGAAGUCCAUCAAGCACGACGACCGCUACCUCGAGCGCCUCGGCUUCCGCGCCGCCUGGAUCACCACCACCCAGACCGCGCUGCCCUUCCUCCUCGCCGCGCGGACGAACCCCAUCGGUCUUGUUGUAGGCACCUCGUACAACCACCUCAACUGGCUGCACCGCUGGGCCUCGCGCGUCUUCCUCGCCACGGCGACCGUCCACGGGUCCUUCUUCCUGGCCGAGUGGCUCCCCGCCGACUUCUUCUGGGAGGAGUUGCGCACCGUCGCCAUGGUGAAGUGGGGGAUCGCGGCCUGGCUCGUCCUUGUUUGGACGCUCGUCAGCUCGCUCAUCCCGGUGCGUCGCUGGCGCUACGAGUUCUUCGUCGCCCAGCACAUUCUGUCGGCUGUCGCGCUGCUCAUCUUCUUACUUCUGCAUGUGCCGGGACACCAUCUGUUCAGCGUCUGGUGCGCCGUCGCCGUCUUCUUGUACGAUGUAGUCACGCGGGCCGCCAACCCCAUCUGGAGGAACGUCAAGUUCGGCCGCCUGCCCGCGACGGACGCGGGACUGUCGAGGGUGCCGCGGUACGCCUACUCCGCCAAGCUCGAAGCCGUGGACGAGGACCUCACGUCGAUUAGGAUCCGGGGGAUAGGAUUCAAAUGGACGCCCGGGCAGCACGUGCUGAUCUGGACGCCGAGCAUGAAGAGGCAGUCUCCCCACCCGUUCACGAUCGCCAACGUCGCCGACCCGACUAAGUCAACGCAGGACAUCCACCUACUGGCGAAGACAAAGACGGGGUUCACGAAGCAUCUGAACGAGUGGGCCAGCGGGCUGGGAGGGUCGAUGCGCGAGAGCGAGCUGAGGGUGCUCCUGGCCGGGCCGUACGGCAACCUGCCCAACUGGCGGCAGUUUGACAACCUGGUUCUCGUGGCGUCGUCCACGGGCGGGUCAUUCACGACGCCCAUCCUGGAGGAUAUACUGACGGCGCAGAAUCCCGGGUGUGUGCGGAAGAUCACCGCUCUCUACGUGGUCAGGCGUCGACCCCAGGCCAAUGCGUACAUCAAGCAGGUGGCCAAGGCGCUGUCCGCCGCCAAGGAGCUCGGGAUCGAUGUGCGGGUCGAGGUUGCUACGACGGGUAGUAAGGCUGGCGGCGGCGGUAGUCGCUCCGCGUUAGGCCGCCUCCCGAAGGGGAGAAACAGUCAGGAGAGGCUCAUGGCUAGAGAUGAUGAGGAAGAGGAGGGAGAGGCGCUGGCAGAUUUGGCCCGUUUGUCUACUGACAGCCUGAGGUUGGAGGACGCAGAGCUGAAGGAAGAUAUGGAUCUGGAGGCAGAGCUGCACGGUGAUGAGGAAGAAGAGAUGGUCAACAUCGAUAUUGGGCCGAUACUGGAGACAGAGGGCAGGCCGAACAUUGAAGGCUUUGUGCGGAGGGCUAUUGAAACCUCGGUUGGCAGGAUGGCUGUGGUGGUCUGUGGCGGCACGCCGGUGGAAACCGCUGUGAGGCAAUCCGUUGUGGCUACGCAGAGGACCUCGAAGCUGGAGGAGAGUAGCCGGGAGGUGUUCCUUCAUGUUGAGCGUGAUGAGUCGUGA